AUGCCGCCCAAGAAACACGCAACUCGCAGCAGCACUACGCGCAGUGCUGCCGUAAAGGAUGCAAAGACAUCAAAAGGCACUGCCGGCACCGAACAGGCAGUGGCUAGUGCGUUGGGCAGGGACCCAGCAACUGAAGACGUCACAACGAAACCAGCGCGCGACAAGGAUGCUAUCCCCAAGGCCACCAAACCUCAACCAUCACCACCGCCACCACCACGACCAUCAACUCAGAAAACAACAACCCCGACAUUCACGAACUACACGAUCCCCGGCUCCAAAAACCCCAUCCCGUGCAGACGGAGCGUGCACGAUUCAGGAGCACCGCCGCGUUCUCCCGAUCUGAUCUUCACACAUGGCGCCGGUGGGGACCUGACGGCCGCGAAGAUGGUGCAGUUCUCUGAGGGCUUUGCGUCGACGGGAUCCUCGAUUGUCAUGUUCCAGGGGAAUAUGAAUCUUUCGGCGCGCGCGAAGGGGUUUGACAGCGUGCUUGCGUACGAGGGUUCGUCGAAGGAUAAGGGUAGGGAGGGUGGAGAUGCAAGUGAUGUCGCCGCGGCGUUUGGGGGCAGGAGCAUGGGCGCCAGAGCCGCUGUUGUUGCUUCACAGGCACGAGCACAGGCGCAAGGACAGAGUCAUGGAAAACUACUGGUUCUGGCAUCGUAUCCGCUAGUUGGCCAGCAGAAGGGGGAUGUGCGCGACGCGAUCCUGCUCUCGUUGCCCGCAGAUACGCAGGUGCUGUUCAUUUCUGGCGACCGCGACAAUCUCUGUCCGCUUCCGCAGCUCGAGUCGGUGCGCGCGAAGAUGAAGGCUAGGACGUGGCUGGUGACGGUCGUGGGUGCCGAUCACGGCAUGGAUCUACAUGGGGGCAAGGCGUUGAAGAAGGGGACCGAGGAGGUGGGAAGGGAGUGUGGACGCAUUGCGGCGCGGUGGCUGAAGGAACGAGAUGAUAAGGCGCGCGAGAUGGAUGUUUGGUGGCAUGGUGAGCGGGAUAGGGUGCUUGGGACUUGGGGUGAGAAGAAAGGCGGAGUGGAAGACAGGGAUGCUAAUGAUAUGAAGGGCCGCGAUGCAGGUAUCAAGCGGUUCUUUUCGAAGGUUGAGGCUGGCACGAAGGACGGAGAGCAAGGCUUAGGAGAUAUUUCGAGAAGGAGGAACAAGAAGAUGAAGAAGUAG